AUGUCAUUCAAGGAUUCAGAACACGAGACAGUCGUCCUGAGACCUCCAGAUGAAGAUGGCGUCUAUUUCGGCGAGGACACAUGUCUAACCAGCUUCUCUGGUUGCGUUGAUCUAGAAUCCUCAAUGACAGAACAAGAUAUCUCAGAAUUCAUUCGUCAAUCCAACCAUAGUCGGUAUGGGAAGCGAAACGGAGUCCUUGUCCCCAGCUCACAUUUACCCGUGGACGACGCUCAAGGUGUCGAAAAUGAUCCUGCUGGUCAGAUCGAGCACGAAUUGCGAGCGGAGGAGGAAAAGACCACACGGCUUCCUGAGCGAUAUCCCGAAGCCCGAGCAAAUGAAACAGCUGCAGUUACUAGGCCAACCUCAAUCAGUGAGAAUGUUCUAGAGCGGAAGACGACUGGGGGCCAAGAUUUCAAGACAGUUGAGCCGUUUGUAUUGGCGGACAGAGAUCCUUUCAACUUGUGUCAACAUUCUGAACAGGAUGUCGUGUACUGUUGCUUCUCUCCUGUCUUCCCAAAUGCGAUGAACGUCAUUCCGGUGGGAGAGCUUUCGGGAACCGUGCAAGAUCCGGCUCGGAAUCAAGGAAAUAAGAGACUUACAGAUCGCCAACCAUCGACUUAUUAUUGCUUCGAGCGUUUGCAAGACGUUGUAAAAUGUGAAGUCGAGAAGAAGAUGGAGCACGGGAUGCUUCCUCGACUUCUUGACGGUCCAGUCAACAAAGCAUUGGUGCUGGACCAGGCCGAAAAGAUACAUCCACCUCUGAAGGAGAAAGACUUCCGGACUUUGUAUCUCCCAGAAGAGCCAACUGUGGAUCCUGGAGAAGGAUCAAAUACUCCCAAGGCGAUCCGUUUACGCCGCCAGAGACAAUUCGAGAUUGAAUGGAUUAAGGAACACCUGAAACUCAAAGAGGAAAACAAAGUCGAGACGUCGAAGACGGAAGGGACGAAAUUGCGAGUUCCUGUGAUUCGACAUUCGACUCGUAUGGAGCCUUACAGGGAACGAUACAAGAAGCAAGGUCUCGAAUGGUCUGCUACGGAAGUCAAGCGUAGAUCGGGGUCGUCGGGAGUGACCAGUGACGUGACGAGAGAUAUUCCAGAUCAUUAUCCUCACGUUGGUGAAACUCUGAACUGUUAUUGCAGAGAACCAGAUGAAGACGGCAAAAUGGUCCGCUGCAGCUCCAAAUCGUGCAUGUUUGGGUUGAUUCAUCAUCAUUGCGCGGGCCUCGAGCAAAUACCCAGCAUUUCAGAGGAAUAUCUGUGUGAUUACUGCAAAGCAGGUAUCCCCAAAGGUUCAGAGGAGGGCGGAGAGGCUUCAAGUUUUAAGAUAUGCGGUCGUCGAACGGCUUCACAAGAGUCAAACCAUGUGAAUCGUGUGCGUGCAGAUGUGAUGGAGCUUGAUCCUGGAGCAGACAUGGUCGAACGAUCGACGAAAGAUUCCGAAGCACGUCCGAUCAACAUCUCUGGAUGGGUGGCGGUCAAUAGAGUGCCUCCAAAGGUCCAGGAGAGAUGUUCAUAA